AUGUGGUCGGGACCUAUUGGUGCAAGGAUCAAUAACAAGAAUCCCUACCUCCCGCACAACACCCCCGCAUACCACAGCUCGGAGCGGGACGCCCCGCGCACUUGCCGCGAAGGCUUAUCCGCCACGCAAACCGAGUCGCAAAGUGGAGAUGUUGCAAGUGAGGCUCUUAACAUAACCGCCAAGCCCCUAGCCAACAACUUGACGUCUACACAGCAUGUCAGCCUUCAUCGCCAUGUUUUCGACAAAUGA